CCCGCUGACGAAAUCGCCUCGUUUGCGACAAACAAUCGGUAAACUGGCGAUUAUGGUCGUAAUCGAUAACAUUAUGCCCGAAAAUAAUUUUGGCUGUAUAGAGUUUUUUUCGUGAACUAACCAUUUUUGGCGGGAAAGUUGGGUUACCUGAUGUCAAAAUAUUUGUAUUUGGGAGAAAAUAAUGAAAGAUAUCUUAUUGUGCUACUGACAGCAUUAGUGAUAUUUUAUAAAAGUGUUUAUUAAAUUUCAAUAAUAAUUUAUAUAAAGAUUUUUUUAAUUUAUGUACUUAAUAAGUGUCGUGAUGCAAGAAAUAUAUAAUACAUAAUUAUUAAAGACUAUAUUUUUAAAAGUAGACGGCGCAAAAGGUUUCACCAUUUAAAUUUAAACAUAUUUUAUAAAUUUGAUAAAAACUUCUAAAAAUAAGAUAAAAUUAAAAGUCAUAAUUAUGUCAUAUAAAAUAAAAUAUUUACAUAUGGAAAUGUUUUAAUAACUUUUAAAAUUGAGAAAAUGGAGCAACAAACUAGAAGCGAGUCACCCACGAACACCAAUCAAGAGCAAACAAAAACUUCUUUUUUAAUCGAAGACAUUUUGUACCGGGGGCAACAAAGGAAUUUCAAACAGCCUAUAUGUGAGGCACGGAGGCAAUUUGAAUAUGAAAGGCCAGAACCGAAACCUUAUUUCCCAAUACCCAAUGAAGUCAGGCCGCACGCACCCAGGGAAGGCUCGUAUUUACAAGUUGCAAUGGGUGCUUUGGGUGCAUAUUUACACACACCGAAUACGUAUAAAAGCGUGGAGGCACCGUAUUUUUUAUCCCAAGGUGUACCGUACCACGCGCUGUUCACGCCGUCGGAACUCUCACUGUCAGCUCUAAAGCAUUGCCGACGGAGGAAGGCCAGGACUGUCUUCUCCGACCCUCAGCUUACGGGUCUAGAGAAGCGGUUUGAGUCGCAACGCUAUCUGUCGACUCCUGAGCGUGUAGAACUGGCAGGGGCCCUCAACUUGUCGGAGACUCAAGUCAAAACUUGGUUCCAGAAUCGGCGAAUGAAACAUAAAAAGCAAAUGAGGAAACAGCAGCAGCAGAGAGGAGCAGCGGUAGACUUCUCUUCAAAGCAACCUCCACAGCAUUCGGAAUGCAGAAAGAUGGAUGAGUCUCGGAUGUCGACAACACAUACGUCGGACUCCGAGACAGAGCACAGUGACAGCGAUAUCGAUAUCGUCGGGGAGUCCAAUUAUGCACAACACUAUUCGGUGGACUCGUAAAAAUAAUUUUUAAAAAAUAAUUAUGAAGUUUGCAGUGGAAUAGAAAAUGUUAGAAUGGAAAAACAUAGUUGAUUUUGAUACCUAGAUACAUAGUUGAGUUUCAGUGUAAAUAGAUACUUAUAUGUUCAUGCGUAGGUCUAACUAAAUAGCACUAAUAGUUAAGAAAUUAGUCCUAUUAUUAAUUAUUUUUUCAUAUUUAGUUAUGUAUUUAUUUUAUGCAUCAUAAUUUAUUGGUGUUAAAAUAUAGAAAUUAUUUAAAUAAAAUGGACAAUAAAAAAUUGGAUAACAACAAAUUUUCUUUGCGCAAUAAAAGGCAAUUUCACAGUUAAGAUUUAAAUUCCAGUGCACGACAUUUUUGAAAAAUGUUUAUAGACACAUUUAUAGACGAUACUGUUGUUAUGGGAGGAAAUUGCUUUUAAUAGGUAUUAUAUUAGUCUGUUACACUGUGGCAAAUAUUUUAGUAUCUAUACCUUUAAUAUAGUAAUGUACGUAGCUUAGUUUUCGUCUGAGUGGAGGUACCUACUUGCUUUGUCUCUCUUUGUCUAUACCUGUGGGUUUUUUUAUUUAUUAAUAUAAUAUUAGACAUUUAUCCGACAAAGAACUAUCAAAUUAAGUGACAUUAAUUGUAUAUGUAUGUAUAAGUCGCGUGCGUUUUUAUAAUAUUGAGUAUCAUCAUGUAAACACUAUGUAUUGGUGAUUGUUAACUUUUUUUUAUAUUAUUUUAUCAAAUUUAUAUCUAUUUAUUUACCUACUUCUUAUAUUUUAGUUAUAAAAUAUGUGCAAUAAUAGCUGAUUUUGUAUAAAAAUAAGAGUGUUUCUAGUCUUGUUUGAAACUAGUCAUAAUACUUUGUUGUAUAAUACCUACAUUAAAUAAAAAAAAAAAAUAAUGAGCCAUUUGUUUCACGUCAUACGAUCGAUUAAAUACUAGCAAGGAUUAGGAUUGAUAAGUCAGUAAGAUAUAAGAGCUCUAUGAAGCUAUAUGUAUGCAAUUAAAAAAAAAAAACCGUGCACAAGUAAUAUUGUGCACAUGCUAUAAAUUGCUUAGUAAUUUUGCAGUUGGACGUUUUGCAGUGUCCGGUUUAGUCCGGUAAGUUUGCCCGGGCAGAAAUAAUAUUUACCGCACUUUUUAACGGUCAGUCGCAGUCAUUUUUGCGGAUUGAUGUUCUUUCAUUUAAAAUUAUUUCAUUAAAACAGAACUUGAUAUUUAUCUUUUAAUUAUAAAAAUCAGGGCCGGAUUUGCAAGUCAACUUGAGAUUGAUUUUGUAAGAUGGUAGGUGUAGAGUUGUUCUAAAAAAUAAUCUUGUCCCUUUGUAUGUGUGCUGUGGUAAGAAGUACUCCACUGCAAAAGAAUUUCUAGUGUCUGUUAAAUAAUUCGAUGUAUUCCACCUACAUUUAUUUACUUGCAAGUAUAUACACUUACGAUAUCCUUUAUAUAUAUACUACUUUUAAACUACUACUAGAUACUAUACUUACGAGAUCCUUUAUACCAUUUUUCAAACAAAAUAAAGCUAUUUGUAUUUAAUAAAGUUCUAUAUUUUCUCCUGUUAUCCGAAUGGUUUUUUGGACUCUAUUAUCGAUAAUCAGAGUUCAAUCAACUAAUGAAGUAACAAUGAAAUUCACCUAUCAAAAAGUAAACUUGGUGGCUCUAAAAUGUAAUUUUUAUAAUGAAAUAUUUCGCCUAAUCCUACAACAUACUAAUAUAAGGAUUCUAAAAAAUACAUAUGUUGCCGACUUAAUUGUUAAGUAAUAAAUUUAUUUAGGUAAAAUAACCUAAAUAUUUGAAUUAGAUAUAUAGGUUAUUUAGCACAGUAUGUGCAGUUGGUUUAAUUGUAACUUUGUGACUAGUUCGGUUGUUUAGUCAUUAUAAUUUGUAUAUAUAUAUAUAUAUAAUAGCAUAUAUUAUAUGAUAAGUGAAAUUAAAAAGAUGAGCUCAUUAAACAUUAAAUAGGCAUAGUUAAAUAAGAACUUAUAGAAGUGACUGCUGUUCUCAAAACAUAAAUGUAAAAAUUGUAUUACAAUUUUCUUUAUUUCAUAAAAAUAAAGGUAGUUAUUUGAAUUCUAGUUUCUUUGUUAACCAUAAUUUCCU